GUCCGUCUCUCUAAGGGCUUGGUGCGCUUUAACGUGAUUCUGUGAUUCCAGCUGGCCUGAAGACACCCCAGUUCCCCUGCCCCGACUAUCCAACUGUAUUCCUGCUCUGGACCCCGCUGGGGCUGCCAUACACCCUGCAUGCCAGGACUGGAGACAUGUGCAGCCUGACCCUACCCCAGAGCCUGUCUCUAAAGGUGGAGAUGGGCAGACACCCGCAGCCCGGGAGGCAAGGUGGUGUCCUGAGUGCUCUGUGCGUUCAGGAGCAGGAAGGCCUAGCUUGUGGCAGCAGGAGAUCCCCAAGCGUGAUCCAAGAUUGGGGUUUUGCCACCUGCAGGGAUUCCAUAGAAGGAGAUCCCAGGGUCAAAAGGCAUUUGAAAGGCUUUCCCACAUCUUUGUAUGUGACUUGAUGUAUCAUCUUUUAUUUUAAGGCUCUCCCUACCGUGAAAUCGGUUCUCUCUCAUUAUCAAAACAUUUGGCCAUCUUUUCUUGUGUAACUGUCAAUGAAUUUAUCAUCUUGAAUACUUUUCAAAUUAAAACACAGUACAUUUAAGCCCACAAAACACACCAAAGAAUACACACAUAGAAGCAAAAGCCAACACCCCUUCUGUAACUCCGCCCUAAGGAAGUGACUCUAGGAAAGGGUGCCUCCUCCCACACUUUCUCCUCUGGAGGGCUCGCUUGCAGGAAGGAAUCCUCACAAAGCAGGACUGCGUUACAGGUCUGCCGUUAUGGAUCGUCUCGCAGAAGCAAAUGGCACCUUUGCCUUAAACCUUUUGAAAAUGCUGGGUGAAGGCAACUCGAAGAAUGUGUUUUUCUCACCCAUGAGCAUGGCCUCUGCCCUGGCCAUGGUCUACAUGGGAGCACAGGGAAACACCGCUGCACAGAUGGCCCAGGUACUUUCUUUAAAUAAAAGUGGUGGUGGCGGAGACGUCCACCAGGGCUUCCAGUCUCUUCUCACCGAAGUGAAUAAGCCUGGCACGCAGUACUUGCUUAGGACGGCCAACAGGCUCUUUGGGGAAAAGUCCUGUGACUUCCUCUCAUCUUUUAGAGAUUCCUGCCAAAAAUUCUACCAAGCGGAGAUGGAGGAGCUUGACUUUAUCAGCGCCGUAGAGAAGUCCAGAAAACAUAUAAACACCUGGGUAGCUGAAAAGACAGAAGGUAAAAUUGCCGAGUUGCUGUCCCCGGGCACAGUGGAUUCACUGACAAAGCUGGUUCUGGUGAAUGCCAUCUACUUCAAAGGAAACUGGGAUAAACAAUUCCGCAAGGAGAACACCAAGGAGAGACCGUUUAAAGUCAGCAAGAAUGAAAAGAAACCUGUGCAAAUGAUGUUUAAGAAAUCUACUUUCAAGAAGACCUAUAUAGGAGAAAUUUUUACCCAGAUCCUGGUGCUUCCCUAUGUUGGCCAGGAGCUGAAUAUGAUCAUCAUGCUUCCGGACGAGACCACCGACUUGAGAACGGUGGAGAAAGAAAUCACUUACGAGAAGUUCAUAGAAUGGACGAGGCUGGACAUGAUGGAUGAGGAGGAGGUGGAAGUGUUUCUCCCACGGUUUAAACUGGAGGAAAGCUACGACAUGGAGAGUGUCCUGCGCAACCUGGGCAUGACCGAUGCCUUCGAGGUGGGCAAGGCAGACUUCUCCGGAAUGUCCAAGACAGACCUGUUUCUGUCCAAGGUCGUGCACAAAUCCUUUGUGGAGGUCAACGAGGAAGGCACAGAGGCCGCAGCUGCCACAGCUGCCAUCAUAAUGCUGCGGUGUGCCAGAUUCACCCCCCGCUUCUGUGCCGACCACCCCUUCCUUUUCUUCAUCCAGCACAGCAAGACCAAUGGGAUUCUCUUCUGCGGCCGCUUUUCUUCCCCGUAAGGACAGGGUGGUCUUUGUGCGCAGCCCCUCUCCUCUCUGUCCUCUGACACUCCACAGUGUGCCUGCCACCCAAGUGGCCUUAUCCGUGUGGUGGUGGCACUUCAGAAAUAAAGGGAACAAUUGUGGGAUGCCACAUUCA